UAGACUAAUACACUUUUAACAAAUAGCCAAACCGAAAACUGCAGACAUUACUAGUGCCUCCCCGCAAUCAAAUCGACAUUAAAAAUAUAAUGAAAUGCAGCCCAACGUGAACAGGAAUCUCAACUAGCAACAAGUCGCAGCAACGAAAAAUAGAGUGCGUGGGGGGGUAUUCUGGAAGGGGGAGCUUUUCCGCACAACACCGGCACCUCCUGAUUUACAAAUUAAGCACUGUAUAUACACAUGUCCUGUAUGAUCCAUGCAUUUUAAGUUCAAUUGGUGGUAAACAUUCUGUUCGUGAUAAACAUGAGGACCCCCAAGUAAAGGUUUUCUGCUAUUACUCGAGAUGAUGGACAUUAUUUGCACGGAAGACUAUUAGAAGUAAUUUAGUAGCAUAUGUUAGUCAUGUGUGAAGCAAGGCAGCAGUGUCGAAGCUAUCAAGGAGAAUGGGCGGUUCGAAUCGCUUGUUCCUCCUCCAUAACGAACCGAAUGAAUGGCGACUCACGCAUCUGAUCACGGUCUUCCCUUUGCCUUCUACAGGGGCUUAUGAUUGGCGCCUAUGAGGAAGACACUCCCACAGCUUGGCUAUUAUUAAGUUCCAGGUUCUGUGUGAGACGGCCAACCUCAGACCACCGUUCGCCAGCCAGCCCAACCACUGACACGCAUUUUAUCCUUCCACUUCGGUGUCUGGGAGGAGACCUAUAGGUGAGUGUCCACUAACACCGUCCUCAUCCACUCGGGCUGCGCCACCCACGGACAACCCCACCUCCAUUCCCAGCCCCUCACCCCGCGGCAUCAUGGGGGACGUAGUCCAGAUGCACUUCUCCACGCCGGACUAUGUGAUCUUUGCCCUGCUGCUGGUGGCGUCCACGUGCAUCGGCCUGUUCUACGCCCUGUCCGGCGGGCGCCAGCGCACCACGCAGGAGUUCCUAUUGGCCGACCGUUCUAUGAGCUGCCUGCCCGUGUCGCUGUCACUGCUCGCCACCUUCCAGUCAGCCGUGGCCAUCCUGGGAGUGCCCUCGGAGAUCUACACCUACGGAACGCAGUACUGGUUCCUGGGAGUCUCCUACUUCCUGGGUCUGCUUGUCCCCGCCCACGUCUUCAUACCUGUCUUCUACAGGCUCCGCCUCACCAGUGCUUAUGAGUAUUUGGAGCUGCGCUUCAAUAAGACGGUUCGCAUCAUGGGCACCGUGACCUUCAUCUUUCAGAUGGUGAUCUAUAUGGGAGUGGUCCUCUAUGCACCAGCACUCGCACUCAAUGCAGUGACUGGAUUUGACCUCUGGGGGGCAGUGCUGGCCAUGGGACUGGUGUGCACCCUGUACACAACAUUAGGAGGGCUGAAAGCAGUCAUCUGGACCGACGUGUUCCAGACCAUUGUGAUGUUUGCUGGCCAACUGGCGGUCAUCAUAGUGGGGGCCCACCAGGCAGGAGGCAUGGGAGAGGUGUGGAGGAAAGCCAUCAACGGCAGCCGCAUCGCAAGUCUUGACCUGAACCCUGACCCGACGGAGAGGCACACGUUCUGGACGCUGGGCGCGGGCGGGGUGUUCCUCAUGCUGGCGCUGUACGGGGUCAACCAGGCCCAGGUCCAGAGGUACCUCAGCUCCCGCACUGAGAGAGAGGCGGUCAUGUCCUGCUACGUGGUGUUUCCCUGCCAGCAGGUGGUGUUGUGUCUGGGCUGUCUGAUGGGCCUGGUGAUGUUUGCUCGCUACGGUGAGGAUAGCCCACUGGAUAAGGGUUACGUCAAAACCAACGACCAGAUGGUGCUGUACUUUGUGAUGGAUGUGUUCAGGGACCUGCCUGGCCUACCAGGGCUGUUUGUCGCCUGCCUGUUCAGCGGCGCUCUCAGUACCAUCUCAUCAGCGUUUAACUCCCUAGCGACGGUAACCAUGGAGGACCUAAUCAAGCCUUACUGCCCGGCCAUGACGGAGGCCAAAGCCACACUGCUCUCCAAAGGCCUGGCGUUUGCCUACGGGCUGGUGUGUCUGGCCAUGGCCUACACUGCGUCUCACAUGGGCUCAGUGCUGCAGGCAGCAUUAAGUAUCUUUGGGAUGGUGGGUGGUCCUCUCCUCGGUCUCUUCUGUCUGGGAAUGUUCUUCCCCUGGGCUAACUCCACUGGUGCGAUAGUAGGGUUGGUGGCAGGCCUGGUUAUGGCCUUCUGGAUUGGCAUUGGGCAUUUCGUGUCCCGUAUGGCGGUGCCCACUACUCUGCCCCCCAUCAUCAACGGCACCGCUAUGCCCCUCCCCAGCAACAUGACCACUGCUGUCAUGACCACUGCUGUCAUGACCACUCUGAUUACCUUGAUCACCGCCAAACCAAAGCCUACGGGUGUGCAGGCCCUGUACAAUCUAUCCUAUUUGUGGUACAGUGCCCACAACUCUACCACUGUGGUGAUAGUGGGACUGAUCGUCAGCCUGCUGACUGGUCCUAUGAAGGAGAAGGACCUGACCCCAGGGACGGUGUACCCUGUCCUGGGCAACCUGCUCUUCUUCCUGCCUGAAUGCUACAGGGAGAUACUCUACUGUGUCACCCCAAUGCCACAGAAGCCCAAAGCUAUCGACACGCAUCCUUACCAGAUGGCUCGGAAGGAGAGCAAUGGAGUGUCCCAUCCCAAAGAGGAGGAGAAGACUGAGGAGACGGAGCGAGAGAAGGAUGAGGACGAGGAGACCGCAACCCCUCAGCCUUCCUGCCGACUGGCUCACACGUUGCAGGAGACGGCCUUGUAGACACCCCCUCCCCCCCAACACACACACACACAGCCCCCAGCCAAGUCCCAGCACUUUCACAAGCCCGGAUACUGCUCAACUUUCUCUGCCCCAGGGGAGAAGAUCCACAUAGGACCGGAGGGCAAUGGAGACUCAGGGUUCCUGGACAUGACUUCCAUCAAGCGCCACAGGGUCAAUAUGGAGGAACAGGGAGUUUCACCUCUGACCCUUACUUCCUGGAAAAACUGAUACACCACAAAUCGCUGGUGGUUAAGAGAGUCAGAGCCCGAGUCCUUUGCUAGAUUGAAGAAUGGUGUAAUAAAACGUGGUUAGUGGAUGGGGGUCCAGGGGUAUCUUGAAUUCAUUGGUACCUCAUUACCUCCUGGAUGGAGAAAUACUAACGCAAGUGGCAAUCACGCUCCGAGCUGAGGAGAAGUCUCGUCAUUGUUGGACAGAACCAAAGCCUGGACUGUGAUUGUGUCACUCUGUGAUUUCGUCCAAUUAUGAUUGAAGGAUUGUGGCCGCACACGCGCACAAUGAGUUGUUCCAAUGACUGUGAAAAUGGACCCAAGUCUUUCUGUUUAUCGAAGAGAAUCAGGUAGCGACCAGGCUGUGAAGAGCGAGGUACUUCAGAUGUAACUGUCACUGCAUGUUAUUUUUAUAGAGAAGAUUAAGCAGGUCAGAUGGACUAAGAAUAUUACAAAAUAUUUGAUGUCCCAGUAGACAACUUAAGGCAUAGUGACCGUGUUCUAGGUCCUUUUCACAUAUGAAAUUCGGUAUCCUUGAUCGGUUUCCUGAAUUGUGACAAUCUACAAAAUACGUUUUGCUUUCUCAAGAUCUGAAAAUAACCGUUUCAGAAUGUGAUUUGCGAGACACAUUCCACAUGCCGUUAGGAAGCUAGCUUGUUAACAACGGGCAAGAAGUUUCACACGACUCACGCUGCUGCGUCACAAUACCUUGUACUCUGGUCCUGGAACUUGGACCCGCCACUCACCCAGGUCCAGGAUCAGUUUGAGCCAGGGCUCAUUUGCGUUUCACAUGUUUUAUAGCUCGGAUCAGGUACCAAAUUCUCUAGGAUACGGAUCAUACAGAAAUAUGUGAAAGCGCCCUUAAUCGAUAGCUUUGGUUUCUUAAGGAUACGGAUCAUACAGAAAUAUGUGAAAGCGCCCUUAAUCGAUAGCUUUGGUUUCUUAAGCUCCGUACGUCUGUUUGCUUUACAUGGCCUUUGUUUAACGUUUGCCUUUCAAGCUGCUAUAGUCAAUGAAUACAUACUUAGAUAAGAGCAAGAUAAGUGCAGCAUACAGAUCUAUAGAGCACAAGGGAUCACCCUCAUUUGCCAUUUACUGGGAUCAUGUUUUUAGAGAGAGAAAGGCCGUUGAGUCUGCUCUACUUACUUCAUUGAGACAACCAGACAAACUGUUGGUUUGCUAGUGACAUUAUUGAAUGUAGAAUACCAUGUCCUCUCAAUCCAUCCACACUGUAGAUCCCAUAGUUGUCAUGAAGUGCCUCAUCAGUAGUCUGUGUUAAAUGUAGUUCUGUUAAUUUGACAACUGAUCAGUGUGUAAUCAGGAUUGUGAUGAAGUAGACUUCUGCUGUAUCUCACAGCUAUAAUGAUUCUCCAUGUGUGUCUUGGAUGUUUGUUAACUUUACGUACAUUACUUUUGGCUCCCCCCCUCCCCCCACUGCUUUAACAGAGGAUAUUUAUGUCCUGUGACUGACAACGUUGUUGUUUUGUUGGUUUAAGUUGAUGUAUAGAGAGAAUCUAUUUCAUUGUCUGAUCAAAUGGGACAGCAUUGAUUCCUGUUUUGUACUUUAAGUUACUUGAAAUGUGUAUCUGUAAUGCUACCCUUUAAAUGAAGUGAAGCCCACCUCAUUCCAGGACAUGUUUCAGGUGAACUUAGUCCGACGUGAACAGCUGUCAACUUACCCAAUGUGGGUUCAUCACUGUGUUCUAGUAAUACUGAAAUACACUCUGAGCACCAUCAAGACCAAUUCUGUUGCUGUUAUCUUUCUCUAAAGUUGGCACGGCCAUCUACCUAGAAAAUAUUUGAACUGUAGAGCGACAGGUGCACAUGAAGGCCAAAACAGUUGUAUUGUGUUUGCUUGAAUAUUAAAUCCCUACAAAUCACACCAGCAAGAUCGAAUAAUACAAAAUGUACCCAUGUAAAGUGAACCUGUAAAUCAUGGCCUCUUAAAUGACCAAUCCUGAGUAGUCUAUAACCAUAGCAUCAAUACCAAGUUACUAUGAAGAGUGUUUAGUUUAGGGUACAUUUAGAAUGCACUUGGCCAUGAGAGAGAAGCACUUGAUCAUUUCAAACGAUAAUAAAUAUUCUGACUCUAUUUAUUGUCAAUAUUUGUUCUCCCAUUUGUAUGAAUUAUUCCUAGUAUGUAUUCCACAAAACCAUAAGCAGUGGAGUUUGGUCAACUACACUGCUUUGGCUGGGCCUUCAUUUGAUCUCUGUAUUGUAAUCUAUUUUUAAUGUUGUUGGAUUUCAUGGAUGUUAAUUGGUUCAUCCUACCAGCACACUACACAGGGGCAGCUGUGACAGGUUGGAGUAGAGCUCCAUUCGUUCACCAAACAGAAUGUCUGUGUCCUGUUCAUUAAGUCAAAAUGGGAGUGAACGUUUUAAAAAAGAGAACAGAACUGAGCUUCCCUAUUGGAAAAGUGGUACCUUUUCCAUUUGCAAAUAGUUUCUCUAUUUUGGACACUACCGAACAUGAAAUGAGUCUUCAAUAGAGGCUAAUUCUGUGUCUGACCACUCUUGUUGUCAUUAUUUCACAACAUUGGCAUGUAUUUGUCCUCUCAAGAUGAAAUGUUGAAGUGAAUGAAUUGUAAGUGGUAAGACCCUUCGUUGCUCUGUUUUUGAAAAUAAAAUGUUUGAUUGGA